AUGUCUACUUAUCUGACAUUUGCUCUUCGUGCUUUGCUGAGCACAGAUAUCUACAAGCCUGGCAAUUCAGCGGUUCUAGACAAAGAAGAAAAUGACAAGCUUUCUUUGAUGGCCCUCAAAGCGGAAUUGUGGAUGUUCUACAAGCACAGACGUGCCACAGACAAGGAGUGGAGCAAGAAAGGUUCUGAGGUGUGGAACCUCACUCUCACGAUGCUUGCAGAGAAAGCCCUGAAGUGCAAAGCAGCGGAGACACACGGUCUACUUCGCUUUGUGGUCAUGACACUUGAGAAAUACAAGACGGUGCUUGAGGGCAAUGAAAAUUCGCACAUGUUUGAUCUACUUCGUCGGGCAGGGUGUGCAGCCGAAGCAUUCGAUCAGAUUAUGAACGAGCACAGCAGAGUGUUUCCGCAGGACGCAUGCGACGCUUUGCAUACACGAUAUCAUCGUUUCAUACAGCUGUGCUCAAGGGCUGGUGUGCCUUUCCUACCAAAGGGCCACCUCAUGUACCACCUUGCUUCUCAGGCCAGGGUUAAAGGGAAUCCCAGGAUGUAUUCUACUUAUGUGGAUGAGUCCUAUAACGGGGCCAUAGCUAAAGUCUGUCGUUCAGUUCAUCGUCGACAUUGGGCAAUGGCCGUCUACCGCAAGUUGCAAAUGCUGGAAGCUUUGGCUACUUCAUCUGCUGACGACUGA